AUGGAUUAUAUAUUUUAUUUUGGAUUUUUUGUUUUACUACUAAAACGCGCGGAUGCAGCCAUUGUGCCCAACUCGGAGGACACCAUAAGCGAGAAUAGCAUCAAACCACCGCCCGCGUCACAUCUCACACCUUCGGAAACAGCGAGCACGAACAGUAAUAAACAUGACACGAUGAAACGUGCUUUUGAGGAGUGUCGCACACAGUUUAGUUGGAUGUGUUUGAAAAUUGAAUUUGUGAAAAUUAUGGAGCGCCUGACCGAAAAGGAUGAGCUUUUGUUGGUGCCCGGCAUCAGUGUGGUGCGAAAUGUGAAUGCGUCGGAAGUGAAGAGCAACGAUUUAAUGGCAGAAGUGGCACGUAGCUACCCCAGCGAUCCCAACUCACGCCUAAACGGUUACAUUGUGAAUAAACUGAGUAGUUUUCUGCAAACCCAUUAUUUACGCUUCAAAUUGAUCGACACCGAUACAGUGGCGGAGGCGCGCUCGGCUUUGGAGACGGGACGCAAGGGCAAAUUCGGCAAAAAGGGUGGCUUGGAAGCGCUGAUCGCCGCUGGUCUCAUGAUGAAAGGUACACUCAUGGCUCUCGGCAUGGGUGCUGUGGCAUUGAUGGCUGGCAAAGCACUCAUGACGGCCCUCAUGGCUCUAACACUUUCGAGUAUAUUGGGCCUGAAGAGCUUGGCAUCCGGUGGCGGUGGCAAGUCGACUACAUACGAAAUUGUUUCGAAACCUGUAUACACAUCAAGUCAUUCGCACUCCUACGAUGAGGGCCAUGGCGGUGGCCAUAUGGGCGGAGGUGGCCACAGCGGCAGCGGUUACGGCGGUUAUGCACGAAAAUUGAACUUGGCUAUGCCAAAUCAUCUGCAGUAA